GCGUUACUAUGAUUUAUUCCUUUCUCCGAGGGCAACAGGACAUUAUACCGGAGAUAAUAUACUAUCAAAUAAACUCUUAGACGAUGAAUCAAACGAUCAAACUGGUUUUUCACAUAAAAUACCACUCGAAAUAUAAACAUGGCCGUCUCAGUUGGUUGCGUGGAGCUACGAGAUAAACAGUGAUUAAGUUAUGCGUUAAAAUUUGAUUAUAUUUAAUUCUGUGAGUUUACGAAAAUGGAGUACAAAGUCAGUGUUUUAGUUUUAUUAGCAACAGCAUUACAAUGUGAGUGUGGUUUGUCUCUCCUAGGUGGGAUUCUGUCUAAUGCACAUGAACAAGUUCACGGUAUCGCCGGAGCCGUAUUAGGCACGAUUAGCAAAGGUAUAAAUUUAAAUUUUGAAAGCCAUCUAGGUUAUAAUGAACAAAGACCUGGCUAUGGAUACGGACCACCGCAAAGACCACCAAAUGAAUUCGGACCACCCCAUCACAACAAUCAUGGACCACCAAACGAAUUCCGUCAACCUCCAAACGAGUUUGGGCCACCUCAAAAUAACAACUAUGGACCACCUAACGAAUUUGGUCCACCCCAAGGUAACAACUAUGGAUCACCAAACGAAUAUGAUCCACCCAAUAAUAACUAUGGACAAAGACCGCAUGGCCACAGACCUCAUGGACAAAGACCACAUCAACAUGGAUAUCAGCAACAGAAUUACAAUAACAGACCUUACGAUCAAAAUCAAAAUGGAUAUAAUCCCAAUUACAAUAAUCCAAAUCAAAACGAAAUUAAUGUAAACAAUCAAUACAGCAAUGAAAAUCAAAGGUACCCUAACCACCAGAAUAAUGACCAAGGGUAUAACAAUAAUAACGGUUACAACCAAGCGUAUCCCAACCAACAAAAUCAAGGUUACAAUAACUAUCAAAAUCAACCUAAUAAUGGAUACAAUAAUAACAAUCAAAAUCGACCAAACUACGGUAAUAAGCCUGUUAACGUAAAUCCAAAUAAUGGUCUUAACAAUCCGAACGGAAACAACAACUUGAAUACUCAAGAUAACUUAAUUAAUGGAAAUAAACCAGUUAACGGAAAUCCCAAUAAUGUAUUCGGUACUAUAUAUGGAGAUAACAACCAAGGUGCAGUACCAACAUCACCUCAACCGGAAUUUCCAACGUCUACAAUAUUGGUGACAGAAACAGAUAAACAAACCGGGGAGGGGACAACUACUGAAAAACCAAAAGAAGACGCACCUAUAUUCAUUCCCCUAGGUGAUUACAUAUACACAGGGGAGGCGGCCGCCAACAUCACAGCGCCGAAAAGAGAAACAGAUAAGAAACCACCUGCAGAGGAAGAAGACUUUGCUAUAGAUAUUAGAUUUAAAGAUUAAACGUUAAUUAAAUCUUAGCUUCUUUUUAA